GCGGACGAUGGAGCGCCAUCGCCACGAAUCUCCGAAUGUUUUCAUUCAGGCGUUCCCGCGUGCGCCUAAAUUGCCGUCAACAGAAUUUCCUACCUACCCCAGCGAUAUGACUGCGAAGAGCGCUUUCUGCGGCGCGACGAUGCAGGGCGAAGGCAGCAGCGGUGAAGAGUGAGAGAAAAGCACGAGCUCCGUUCGCGCGGGAACGAGUACACAGACCCAACAUACAUUCACAUACUUGAAAGGAGAGAGAGAGAGAGAGAGAGAGAGAGAGAGAGAGAGAGAGAGGGCUGCGUGCGUUCCACAUUCGUGUCGAUGGUUGCGCAGCCGGAGUAAUUACUGAAUGACCCGCGAUGAGGCGAUCGAUAAUUAACUACCGGGUAGUUUGUCGGUUUAAAAAACAUUGUUUGCGGUCACCCUUUGUUCUUCCCGCCGCCUCGCGUUCUACAUGCCUGCACGCAACGUUGGCUACGAGGUGAUCGGUUACCGGACCAUGGACUCGCGCAUGUAUUGAUAAGAAUGCACAUCAACCGAUUCUUGAUCCUACAUUUGCCGAUUUUUUUGGUGGGGCCAACACGCACACACACACACAGACAGACACACACACACACACACAGACACACACACAGAGAGAGAGAGAGAGAGAGAGAGAGAGAGAGAGAGAGAGAGAGAGAGAGAGAUGGCAGGUAACCAGUGAAGUCACGAGCGUAGCGGGGUGGGAGCUCUGGUAAGAGGACCGGCGAGGUUGUGCGGAUAUGACCUGUCGGGCGCAGAUAGCCCUAUGAUCGUCUCUGAUCCAGAAGCAACAGCAUUGAGGAUCGCUUUAUUGAGAAAGACGGGAGAGAGACUUUUUCUCUGUGUAUCUCCUCCCCCACCCCCUCCCGUUGUUCCUCUCUCUCUCUCUCAUCUCUCCUUCUCUCUCUCUGUGACCCGUGAAGUCACGCACCCACAGACGUGCAUACAAGUCCAGCCUCCAGAUAAGCCAGUGGAAAUAGGACGACUUUCUCUGUCGCUCCGAGGCUUUUGAAGCCGGUUGAGUUUUCUGAGCGUGCGCGCCGUCACGCACAUGUAGACCCAGAGACAAGAGAGAGAGAGAGAGAGAGAGAGAGAGAGAGAGAGAGAGAGAGAGAGAGAGAGAGAGAGAGAGAGAGAGAGAGAGAGAGAGAUUUGUUGGCUGCGAACGUAACAGAAGAUUAUCGACGAUGCAAUCUGAUGGACAAGGCGGUUUUGAUCGGACGACAGAAGAUCAAUGAAUGGACCCGUCGCGUCGAUUCUUGAAUCGCUGGAUCUUCUCAGCUUUGUAAUCAAUCAAUCAAUCAAUCAAUUAAUCAAUCAAUUAAUCAAUCAAUCAAUCAAUUAAUCAAUCAAGCAAGCAAUCUAGCAGCUGCAGGGAGUAACCUGAGCGAUGGGAAUGAAGUGGAAGGAGAGCGGGCGCCGAGUGUGAAGAAGAGGGGCGUAAGUGGUGCAGAGUCUGGCGGACCCUGCUCAUGUACUUGACGCGCGACGCGUGGGGCGGGCAGCGGCGUGAAGGGGGAGGAGAGGGGGACGUGCAGGAGGCAGAGGAGGUUGGAGGCGGGUCUGUUUCGCCGCUGCUCGCCUGGAUAGGAGGAAGACGAAAGGAAGAGGAAAUCAGGCAAGAAGAGUAUGGAGAAGGCGUGGAGUUUCCUUCUCUGGCGAUUAGGAUUACUGGAUCUGUUCCCACGUCAGCAGGGGAUGGCGGAGCGCACGAUGAGUGGGACUUCUGCUCUGCUUUCGGUCAUCAUAGCGAUCUUGUUGGUCGCCGUAGUUGCUCUGCGCAGAUGGUGGCAUAACCGGUGCAAUUACUCACUGCGGGAGGCGGCGCUAGCGCUUCGCAGGGCGGCGCACCGAUCGCGAAUCCCCCCGGUGGCGCACACGUGGCAGAAGGAGGGCCUUCGGCGCGGCCACCCCUCGCAGUGCUGCGUGUGCCUGCUAACGUUCUCCCAUUCUUCACUGAAGGCAGUGGGAGUUGGCGGGACGGUCACCGUCGGCUCUUCGCCGUUCAUUUCUCGUUGCGCAGUCUGCAGCGUGGCGGCGCACGAGCGCUGCACACGCCGCGCGCUCAAGGACUGUAAGCGCAUCUCGAUGCCCCCGGACAUUGGCGGGAAACUCCAUCACCACUGGGUGGAAGGGAGUGCCAAUACGGAGGAUAUGCCGGAGGAGGGGGUGUUCUGUCUUCGAUGCGAGGAGCUGUGCUCGGGAACCUUUCUUGGGCUCAAGCCGGUGUGGAGAUGUGUGUGGUGUCAGAGGUUGGUACACGUGGAGUGCGAAAUGAAAGUGAAGGCGUGGGCGAGUGGCAAGCGGGCGGAAGGAGUCGGGAUUCCGUCGGAAGCGGACAGCGUGUGCGAUCUAGGGCCGCACAAGCGGCUGAUUUUAUCCCCUCUAUGUGUCAAGGACGCCCGACUGGUUGGGAGCGCUAAUUCGUCCUUCACGAUCCCAGCGGGGGUGAAUGGGGGGACGGGAGUACCGGUGGGAGUAGGAGCAGGAGGAGGAGGAGGAGGAGGAGGAGGAGGAGGAGGAGGGGCGAUAGAUGGUGCAGAGGGGAAAGGAGGUGGGGUAGGGGGGACAGAGGGAAGUACAGGAGGCUCCGAUGGAGGGGCGGCAGCGACCCCGACGGGGGGAGGGACACCGGGGUUGUCGAACGGCGGGAGUGUGGGGGGCGGAACUGCGAGUAGCGCUCGGAGCCCGCAGCGCACCGUGUCGCGCAUACUGAACGAGAUCGCAUCAACGGCGGUGACGACUAUCCGUAGGCGCACGCGCCGGCGGAGACGUGCGGGAGCAGGGGGAAGCAAUGGGGAUCUGCAGUCGUACUUCGGAGAGGACUCCGGCAAGGGCUUAGACGGGGUCGGGAAACCCAAUUAUAUCAUGACGGACUUACCCAGCGAUUCCAGACCUGUACUUGUCUUCCUCAACAAGAAGAGCGGCGCUCAACACGGAACCGCACUGCGACGCCGCUUCAAUCUCCUGUUGAAUCCGAUCCAGGUUUGUGAGCUAACGUCAGAGGAGGGACCUGAAGUUGGACUUGCCUUAUUUGAUGGAGUGCCCCAUUUUCGGGUGUUGGUCUGCGGAGGGGAUGGCACGGUUGGCUGGGUGUUAGAUGCCAUUGACAAGAGGAACUACGUGUCCCCGCCCCCAGUUGCGAUCUUGCCGAUUGGAACAGGAAACGAUCUCGCUAGAGUGCUGUCUUGGGGUGGAGGAUAUGGAGCAUUGGAUCGACAAGGGGGUCUGAACACGGUGUUGCACAAUGUAGAACAAUCGGCCAUAGCCGUGCUUGACCGAUGGAAGGUGUCUGUAAAAGAGAGUGGUAAUGGGAAGGGGUCCUCGACACCGAAGGAAACCAUAAAGUUCAUGAAUAACUAUCUUGGAAUUGGCUGCGAUGCAAAGGUAUCAUUAGACAUACAUUUAUUGCGUGAAGAGUCUCCGGAGAAGUUCUACAACCAGAUGGUAAAUAAGCUGCUGUAUGCAAAGGAAGGUGCGAAAGAUGUGCUUGACCGGACAUGUUGCGAACUGCCGUGGGAGAUUCGCGUGGAACUCGAUGGCCAUGAAUUAGAGCUCCCAGAGGAUAUCGAAGGUGUGCUUGUGAUCAACAUUGGCAGCUACAUGGGGGGUGUCGAUCUUUGGCAAAACGAGGAAGAGCAUGACGAUGAUUUUGGGCAACAAUAUAUGCACGAUAAGCGAUUUGAAGUGGUUGGGAUCUAUGGUACCUGGCAUCUGGGAAAGCUUCAGGUGGGCCUAGCACGGGCAUUGCGAUUAGGCCAGGGAAGCUCCAUCAAGUUGAUGACACGGGUAGCUUUUCCUGUGCAAAUUGACGGCGAGCCAUGGAUGCAGAGCGCCGGAUGCAUCGAGAUAACACAUCAUGGGCAGGCAUUCAUGUUGAGGCGGACUGCUGGCGAACCCGUCAGGCAUGCAGUAGCAGUGAUGGGGGAAGUGCUAGAAAAUGCAGAAAGCAAGGGAGUGAUCAACGCUCCACAGAGAAGGGCGCUGCUGCAAGAAAUUGCCUUACGAUUGAACUGAUGAGACAAAAAGAUUCCAGGGUUGAAACUUGAAAUGCUGUUUGCAGGGCAGUGGAUAGUGGGGGACCGCCACACGAAUGCAACCCACACUACCCUACCCUACCCUACCCUGACCUUGCGACCGGACACAUUAUAUGUGUACGGGCAGGCACGCGGUGUGACGGAACAGAGGAACUGGUCCAGCAGGGCGGACAGCACGGGGAAUUGCACGAUUGCGACGGCAACGAUGCGAAUAUCAAGAAGCUUUGGUGCAAGACGCGGCCACGUGAUCGUGCUUUCUGGCGCAUUGCUGUCUACGCCGACUCUACAGCCAGGCUUUUCCACGUACCAUAUUCCAUUGAAUGCGCGCCGUGUUAUACUCAUCCAACAAUGUGCCCCAGCCAUCCGAAUGUGGACAAGGUUACCGACCAAGAACAUUACGGAAGACUGCCACAGGGGAGUGCUCCUGCAUUUGGUUGCAUCCGUCCGUCGCAUGUGUUCUACUUUGUCUCUGCAUCUCUGCAAAGCUUCACAACCUUCCGUUGAAUCUGGCUCAUAUUCAUCGCAUCGCAUCGCAUCGUUGCACUCUCUGACUUCCCUUGGUUGGUCUCUCCUAGUGUUUUAGAAUCCUUUUGGGUUAUUAGGCGAGUGUGGUUCUGUAUGCGGAAGAAGCCUUGUUAGGCCAGGCUGUUCAGAUGAGGAUGCCUGCCCCAUGCCAGGCCAGCUGUGAUGCGAGGCCGUUUCCUAGAGUCCAAAAACAUGUGCUUCGUAGCAUAUUAGACAAUUCUUCGGCCCAUCCCAUCCAUUUUGGGGUGGUCUAUCUGUGUGCUCCUGGACCUGGCAUUGCAGCAGUAUUGCUGGGUGUAUGACAAGGAUGCCCAAGAUCUGCAUUUGUUUCUCAGUGCAAGCUAACAAACAAGAGAGUCACAGAUGUGGAGGCAUGGGCCAUCCCCAAGGGAGGGCUGACGACAUAUCAUGUCAGAUGAAAAUGCGUAGAAGGGUACCUGAAUUACGAGGUGUAGGUGAGCUAAUGUAGGUAGAUGUGUUCUUGCUUUAGCAGAGCAGAGUAGUUUAGGUAGAACAUCUAUAGCUUUCCUCUUGUGGAUGUCGAGGUGUAUGUGCUGGGGAGGAUAGUCUUCUGCUUGUGGAUGUUGAGCUGUAUGUGCUUGCGAGGAGGUGGACAGCCGUUGUUGGCCGACCAGUUGACAGGGAUUCAGAGGUCACAUUUUGGAGGUCCAUUUCGUCCUCGCAGCACCUCUGUUUUCCGGGGAUUUCGUGGUCUUUCUGAUUCAUCUCCUGCUGCUCUGUCCUGUCUAUUCUAUCUUCUCCUUGCUGGCUCAUAUACUUGGUGGAGGCCACUUCGCCGUGCUGUUGUGUUGGCCCCCUCUCAUCAACUUUGUGCUGAUCUUCUGGUUAUUCCUCGCCAAGUGCUCGUCGCUGGAUCAGCGGAGAUGCGGAAGUCGAGGCAUCAGGGUUGUGUGAGCAGGUUCUGCGAUGGCGUACCGUUACGCGAGGUAGAUCUUCUCAAACAUCCACUGUUUUCUUGCUGUCUGAAAUGAGGGCCUCGUUAGUUGGAGAGAAUUGCUGUUGCCAUUGCAUUAUGUUUUCUAAGCUGGUAGGGUACAGAGGGUGCUGUUCGCUGCUGUUUUAGGGACACAGAGGCGAAGGAGCAAAAGCGGUUGUUGUAGCAUGAUAUGACAAUUUGCGGAAAGAAUAGGUUGGUUGCUUUCUGGGUUUUAUAGAAAUUUCUCGUUUCAGGGUGUGAUCAAUUUGUUUGCGUCUGUUUCAUUACAUCUAUGUUUUCAGUCUAUGUCGCGAGGAUUUUCCGUUAAAUUGGAUUCCAUCAUUUCAGUUCUUAAAUGUGGGCGGGGUUCGGUGGGGUGAGGGGGCGUGCGGAAGGGGAUCAAGAGUCGGGGUGGAGGGGGGAAAAUGAUGAGGUGCAGGUGAAAGGGGAGAAACGGCUGGCAGGCGAGUUAUCUCCUGAAGUUUGGAUGCAGGUACGUUUGCUGCAUGAGGUGGGAUGAAGAUAAGGCCUGGGGACAUUCCGGGCCGGGCCUUAUCGGACUAUGUUCUGAAAGCGGGGGGUUGUUUGCGAUCUCGAGUCAAAUGUUCCAAGUUAAUUAUGGCCGUUAGGUUUCCCUGUGACAGGGCGAAGAACUAGACGUAGUCCAGCAGGGGCUGGGCUGUAUGAAUCUAGUCCAAUACAGGUCAGGUGCAUCAGAAUGCAUCGUAACCAACAACUGACUGCUAUGGCCCGCCAGGCUCUGUUGAAUUAAGGGUUCAAAUGCCAGGGCAAUCAAGAACUGACGGCUAUGGCCCACCACCAGGCUAUGUUGAUAAGAAUUUAACACGGAGGAGGAGGAUGAAAAGGAGGGAGUAGUGGGGUGAUUGGUUGGGGAUCGGGGACUGAGAGGAGUGAUAGAUAGAGGAGGGGGUAUAAGGAACAGUGAUGGCAUUUUUGCUCGCCGCUUUCGGUUUUAUCCGUCUUUUCCAGGUCUUUUUUCUCUGCUCAGAGCGAAGAAGAUCCUCCGGUUCCUCCGGUUCAACCUGUCACGGCCCGGUCUCUCCCUCUGAUGGGCAUGUUUUAUUUGUAGAGCAAGUCGGGCACAGAGGUAGUCGUUCACAGGUAGGACGUAGCUUCACGACGGUGAUUUUCGCAGUUUCGCGGUGAUACCUUUCACAUCCAUUUGUCUGACUUGUUAGGUUGUGGCGAUUCCUUUUAUGCUCGUUGAAUUGAGCCAUAUAGUUUUUGACUUUCAGAUAAUGAAUUCAGUGUAGUGGU